UCGUUCCUUGGAGUCCGCCUCCAUGAGCUGGUGCGUCUGGCAGAAGCUGGCUGCCGCAGCGGGAAUAGCUACGGCCUCCGCCUCCACCGUCGGAGCCCGGGCGGCAGGGAUGACGGGACCAAGGCCAGUUGUUCUCAGUGGACCAUCAGGUGCUGGGAAAAGCACCUUGUUGAAAAAACUUCUUCAAGAAUAUGGCAACAUUUUUGGCUUCAGCAUCUCCCAUACCACAAGGAGCCCGAGGCCUGGAGAAGAAAAUGGCAAAGAUUAUCACUUUGUGACCAGGGAAGAGAUGCAAAGAGACAUUGACGCCGGACAAUUCAUCGAGCACGCUGAAUUCUCAGGAAACAUGUAUGGAACGAGCAAAGCGGCGGUGCAGGCUGUGCAGGCGAUGAACCAGAUCUGCGUGUUGGACAUAGACCUGCAGGGGGUGAGGAACAUCAAGAAGACGGAGCUGCAGCCCAUCUAUAUCUCCAUCCAGGCGCCCUCCCUGGACAUCUUGGAAAAGCGACUGCGCGACAGGAAGACUGAAACAGAGGAGAGCUUACAGAAGAGGCUGGCUGCCGCCGCCGCCGACAUGGAAAGCAGCCAGGAGCCUGACCUGUUCGACACGAUCAUUAUCAAUGACGACUUGGAUGAGGCUUAUUCGAUGCUGACGAAGGUCCUGGCUGAGGAAAUCAAGAAGGCCCAGCAAUCCAGCAACUCAUGAAAGGAAACCAGAGGCCAUCCCACUGCCCUCCCCCCACCCCUUUACAUUCCAAGAGACACAUUCCCUUUCAUCUGACCCCUCCCUGGUCCAAGCCACAGAAGAGCCUGUGUGUGCAUCAGCUGGAGCCUUGGGCAUCUUGGGCCAGGGCACAGGUGGGUCACUGUGCAUUUUGGACCCCACAUCUUCUCCCACCAUCAAGACCCCAGGGGCAUCCUCAGAGCACCCUCCAAGACCCAUCUGGGGAGAGACCCCGUGUCCCCAAGGCUCCACCACCUAUUGGCUAAGGCUGGGAACCGCUAGGCCAGGUUGGUGAUGAGCAGCUAGCCCUACAGUGACCUUUGGACCAGGGAGAGGGCAUACAGACUCUACAGAGAAAGGAGACUCCCAGGGGCUGCUGACCAUCUCAGCCCUGGCUCUUUGGGUUCCCAUGUACGCCUACCACAAGCCUGACCAUGUCAGUCAGCACCACAAGGCUCCUUGAAUUGGAGAAAAGAAUUCUGCUGUCCUUUGAUUUCCACAGUGGGUUCUCUGGGGAGUCUGUCCACUCAAGCUCCUCCAGAGAGGGGAGGGCCUGCCUUGUAUUUGGCAGCAAAGGCAGCUGGGCAGUAGCCAGCUCACACCACUGCCAUGGCCGCCAGGUUCUGGAAAACAUCCCCUGAGCGGUAAUUCACCCUGGACUGCCAGCCUGACUCUCCAGCUUGGAGGGUACAGUGGGUUUAUGAACAGUUUGGAAUUUGGAAAAGCAUCCUGGGGACCAUUGGGCUCACCCCACCCCACAUACCCACACAUCUGCCCUCACACCUCAGAUCCUUGGACUCAUUUCCUGACUCCUAUUAACCCAUGGUGGAGGGGGGAUUCAUUACCUGCCCCAUCCCUCCCCACCACCUCCUCCUCACCCACCCCCCAAUCCUCUCCACCCCCCAGCAGACUAGAGCAGCCUGGACUCUUUUGAGCAGUACAGCCAGGUCAUGGCCAUGCAUCCAGAGGUGACCUAAGAGCAGUCACGAUGCUUUGUGUCCCUGGUUCCUCAUCACUCCAGUCUCUGUGAGCCCUAGAUUGUCCUUCUCUGAGCCCAGAACCCAGCUUGUAAUAAAAUACAUUUUAUUUUA